CUCACCUGCAGCGAUGAAGAUCGAGGCUGUUGCCGCUGCCCUCCUCUUCCUCCUGGUCACAGUGAAUGGUGCCAAAAAGUAUGAGAGGUGUGAACUGGCCAAAAAGCUGAAAAACAGUGGCCUGGAUACGUAUGAAGGCUACAAACUGGGCGACUGGGUAUGUUUGGUUCAGCAUGAAAGCGGAUACAGGACUGAUGCUGUAGGGAAACCAAAUCCGGAUGGCAGCAUAGACUAUGGACUUUUUCAGAUAAACAGCAAGUACUGGUGCACCGAUGGGAAAGUGAAGUCACAUAACGGCUGCAAAAAAGACUGUAAAGAUUUCACAAAUGACAACAUCGACGAUGACAUUGAUUGUGCAAAGAGAAUUGUCCGUGACCCCCAAAAGAUGGAUGCCUGGGCAGCAUGGAAGAAACACUGCAAAGGGAAAGACCUCUCAGAAUAUACUCGGGGUUGCGAACUGUGAUUUCUACCACCGUUUAAGAUUGAGCUUUUCUCUUCAUUCUAUGCCGUUGAAAGGCCUCACCACCGUUAGGAUUCAUCCGUGUCUUGCCGCACAUACAUUUACACACACG